CCGCUCCCUCAAAUCCAUUCACCACAGCAUUCGUUUCCUCCCAAAAUCCCAGAACCAAAUCAAGCCAUUCGAAGCUCAAAUCCACUCCUUUCUUCUUCUUCCUCGAGCUCAAGGUCGGCGGCCAUGUCGGACGUGACGGCGGUGAUGGACCUGGGGGAGGCGGCGGCGCCGGCGGUGCCCCGACGGAGGCAGCAGCAGCUGGACCUGCCGCCGGGGUUCCGCUUCCACCCGACGGACGAGGAGGUGGUGACCCACUACCUGACGCCCAAGGCGCUCGACGGCCGCUUCGCCUGCGUCGUCAUCGCCGACGUCAACCUCAACCGCUGCGAGCCAUGGGAGCUCCCGGGGAAGGCCAAGAUGGGGGAGAAAGAGUGGUUCUUUUUCGUCCACAAGGAUCGCAAGUACCCCACGGGGUCGAGGACCAACCGGGCCACCAAGAGCGGCUACUGGAAGGCCACGGGAAGGGACAGGGAGAUCUUCCGUGGCCGUGGGGGCAGCGAGGUGCUUGUUGGGCUCAAGAAGACGCUGGUGUUUUACCUUGGGAGAGCUCCCCAUGGGACGAAGACGCAGUGGGUGAUGCACGAGUUCCGGCUUGAUGGGCAGCUCCCCGCUAAUCUUCCCCCUUCUGCCAAGGAUGAGUGGGCGGUGUGCAGGGUGUUCAGCAAGGACAUGGCGGCGGCGGCGGCGGCCAAGGCGGAGCCGCCGCAGAUGGAGGCGGCUCCGGCGGCCCCUGCCAUGGCCAUGGAGAGGAGCGACUCCAUCACCGACUUCCUCGACGGCUUCCUCCUCGACCAGCUCCCGCCGCUCAUGGACUUGCCCUUGGCCACCGGCCCCAUGGAAGACGACGGCGCCUCCUUCGAGGUCAAGGCGGAGCAGCAGGAGAACCCCAGCUACUUCUCCCUGCCGGCGACGUCGACGAGGGUCGGCGGCCAGGCGGCGGACUCCAUGGCUUCGUCCUCGAAGCUGUACCUCGGGCUGGACGACCUGGACCCGCUCAUGGACUACUCCAACAACGACUUCUGGAAGUUCUGAUGAAUCCAUCCCCAUUGGAGGAUGAACUAGAGAUUCUUCUUCUUCGUUCGUUCUCCUCCUGCUAGUGCUAGUUAUUACAGUUUGCUGCUGCUCUUGGACUUGGAUCGAUCAGUUAUUAGUCGUGUUUUUAUUAACUUGCAAAUUCAGUGUUGUUGUUGUUGCUGCUGCUAAACGCUAAUUAGGCGAGGAGGGAUGGUUGUUGAUGCGUGCAAGGCUAGAAACCGUGGCCUGUGAGUGCUGGUUGAAUCUUUAGGGUGCAAAUUUCAUACUUGUAGGCCGUAACCUUGUACAUGCAGUGUUUCUAGUGAUUGUUAGGGGGGAUGAAUUGAAACCCGAUCAAAUUAAAGAUGUGUGAUUCCUUGUGCUUUUUGUUCGAGUUGAUUGAAUAUUGAAUCCGACAUCUGAUUGAAUGAA